CUCAUCCUGGUCCUUGAAAGCGACGAUGGCGAGCCAGGCUGACUGCAGUGUGAAGGUUGCAUUGAGGAUUCGUCCUCAGAUGGCCAAGGAGAAGAUAGAGGGCUGUCAUGUGUGCACGCUGGUCACACCUGGAGAACCACAAGUCCUCCUGGGCAAAGACAAAGCCUUCACCUAUGACUUUGUGCUUGACAUCGACUCUGAGCAGCAGCAGAUCUACCAGGCCUGUGUUUACAAGCUCAUCGAGGGCUGUUUCGAUGGCUACAACGCCACAGUUUUUGCUUAUGGACAGACGGGUUCGGGGAAGACCUACACCAUGGGGACGGGCUUCGACAUGAGCCUGGGCCAGCAUGAGCAAGGCAUCAUCCCGCGGGCUGUUCACCACCUGUUUGAGGGAAUCCAGAACAGAAGGGGGCGCUCCCAGGGGGCCGGCAUCCAGCCGCCCGAGUUUAAAGUCAGCGCCCAGUUCCUAGAGUUGUAUAAUGAAGAGAUCCUGGACUUGUUCGACGAAACCAGAGAUCCAGAGAGUCGGCACAGGAAGUCCAACAUUAAGAUCCAUGAAGACGCCAGUGGCAGCAUUUACACCACUGGAGUUACUUCUAGACUGGUGAACUCAGAGGAGGAGAUGCUGCAGUGCCUGAAGCUCGGUGCUCUGUCCCGAACCACAGCCAGCACCCAGAUGAAUGCCACUAGCUCCCGCUCACAUGCCAUCUUCACCAUCCACCUUUGUCAGAUGAGAGUGUGCCAGCAGGCUCAAAUGAACGGAGGAGGAGAAGAGAACGGGGAGGUGAACGGCGUGGACUCGAGCCCCAUCGCUCAGCCGGAGUUCGAGACACUGAUGGCCAAGUUCCACUUUGUGGACCUGGCCGGGUCUGAGAGGCUGAAACGCACCGGAGCUACAGGAGAGAGAGCCAGAGAGGGGAUCUCCAUUAACUGUGGACUGCUGGCGCUGGGAAAUGUGAUCAGUGCUCUAGGGGACCAGACCAAGAAGGGAGGGCACGUCCCUUACAGAGACUCCAAACUCACUCGUCUGCUACAGGACUCACUGGGAGGCAACAGUCGAACAGUGAUGAUCGCCUGCGUCAGUCCGUCAGACCGGGACUUCAUGGAGACACUGAACACACUGAAGUACGCCAACCGCGCCCGAAACAUCAAGAACAAGGUGGUGGUGAACCAAGACAAGACCAGCCAGCAGAUCAGCGCCCUGCGUGCCGAGAUAGCCCGGCUUCAGUUGGAACUGAUGGAGUACAAGGCGGGGAAGCGUGUGGCAGAGGAUGGUUCAGAGGGCUACAGCGACAUGUAUCAGGAGAAUGCAAUGCUGCAGAGAGAAAACGACACACUGCGCCUCAGGGUGAAGGCCAUGCAGGAGACCAUAGACCACCUCAACAUCCGUGUAACACAUCUGCUGGCCAAUGAGGUCAGCACUCUGCUGACCAAGUCAAGCAAGGGCAAUGAGGAGAUCGGUGCAUUAAUACAGAACUACAUCCGAGAGGUUGAAGAACUUCGAUCCAAGCUUCUUGAGAGCGAGGCCAUGAACGAGUCUUUGCGACGGCAGGCAGCCAGAAUUACCUUGCGUUCCCCGUUUCCUACCUCCUCUCUCAGCCCCGCCCCCGGCCACCCGCUUGGCUCCUCCCCUGCUUCAUUGUCAAUGCAGGCUGAGAUGACGGACGUGUUACGCCGGGCCAAGCUGGACAUCGAGAGGCUGAAGAAGAAGGAGAGGAGGCAAAGAAGAAUGAGUCCUGAGUUGGAGAAAGGUCUGAAGAAGCGAGUGAAACUACACACCCAUGAGAACGGAGAGAACGGUCGAAGUGGUGAAAAUGGACAAAACGGACAGAAUGGAGAGAUCGAUUCAGACGACAAUUACAUUGAGGAUGUCAUGUCUCCACUGCAGGAGGAGAGUGGUUGUGAUGAGGACGAGGGGGAGGAUGAAGAGGAAGGCAGGGAGGAGGAGGAGGACGGCUUUGACAGUGACGAGAGCCUGGUGGAUUCAGACUCAGACUCUGAGGAGAAAGCCCACUUCCAGGCGGACCUGGCUGAUCUGACCUGUGAGAUUGAAAUCAAACAAAAGCUGAUAGACGAGCUGGAGAACAGCCAGCGGAGACUGCUGAUGCUGAAGCUGCAGUACGAGGAGAAGCUCAUUCUACUGCAAAACAAGAUUCAAGACACUCAGCUGGAGAGAGACCGCGUACUGCAGAAUCUCAUGUCCAUGGAGAACUACACGGAGGAGACGGCCAACAGGAUCAAGCAGGACUAUGAGAAACGUCUUAAGGAGAUGAACCGAGAUCUGCUGAAGCUGCAAGUGGCACAGAAAGAGCAUGCGCGUCUCCUCAAAAACCAGGGGAGGUACGAACGGGAGCUAAAGAAACUCCAGACAGAGGUCAACGACAUGAAAAAGGCCAAGGUGACACUGAUGAAGCAAAUGAAGGAGGAGCAGCUGAGGAGGAGGAUGGUGGAGGCAAAGAGGAACCGUGAGAUCGCCCAACUCAAGAAAGAGCAGCGUCGACAAGAGUACCAGAUCAGAGCGCUGGAGUCUCAGAAGCGGCAACAGGAGCAGGUGCUGCGCAGAAAGACCCAGGAGGUGACCGCCCUGCGACGCCUGGCAAAGCCUAUGUCAGACCGUGUGGCCGGGCGUGUGGCCCGCUGGAACCACAACCCCACAAUUACAGACUCUGGAGCUGAGUUAUCGGCCAGCACUACAGCUAGCAGCUCUGAACCUGAGACAGGGAGGAGUGUGAGCGGGCUGGUGAAGCAGUGGAACAACAAAAACAAAGUGUUUGGAUAUCAGGCAGAGAGCGAAGGGAGCAUGGAUGGAACCAGGGUCGUUGGUAGGAAGAAGUUGCAGCGUAAGCCAGCAGGCCUGGGCAGCGCUGGAGCGGCGGGCAGAGCUAGUAGCUUCUCAAAGUCUGCCCGUCAGAAGUGGCAAUCGCUCGAGCGUCGCAUUAUUGACAUUGUCAUGCAGAGAAUGACCAUCGCCAACGUGGAGGCUGACAUGGAUCGCCUUAUCAAGAAGCGAGAGGAGCUGACAGUCCAGCAGGAAUCGCUCUCACAUAAAAGGGAGGUCCUAAUGGCGGACGGGGAGGGGCCAGAAGCAGAAGACCGCCUCCUUCAGGAAAUUAACGAGGACAUUGAGGUGCUGAACGCCAACAUAGAUUACAUCAAUGACAGCCUGUCUGACUGCCAGGCCACCAUUGUACAGAUAGAGGAGACCAAGGAUGAGUUGGACUCUGUGGACACGUCAGUGGUGAUCAGCUCCUGCUCUCUGGCUGAAGCGCGCCACCUGCUGGACCACUUCCUGAAGGCUUCCAUAGACAAAAGUUUACAGGUGGCUCAGAAGGAGACUCAGAUCCGCCUGCUGGAGGGUCAGCUCCGACAGACAGAUGUGAUCGGCUCAUCUCACAAUCACAUAAUCCUUGAUGCUCUGAGGGAAAAGGCUGAAUGCAUCCCUGAACUUCAGGCUCUCAUCCACAACGUACAGCAGGAAAAUAGUUAUGCCAGCACAGACGAGGAGCCCUCUGAGAUCAGCCAAGCCUCUGAGAGCAGUGUUUCUCAAAUAAAAGAAUCCAACAGCCAAGAUGAUUUCAAAAUAAAGAAGGAGCCUCGUCUGUCAGCUCAGAUGAAGGCGGUGUCUGCGGAGUAUCUGGGUCCCAUUCUGGACCACUCCUCAAGCAGCAAGCAGCAGCACAUCACCAAGUCUCUGGCCUCGCUGACGGACAUCCAGGAGGACGGCCUGAGCAUGGGGACAGCUAGUCUGGGUCUCAGCCUGGCCCUACGAGACCCUUACCACAGGGACCGGGUGUCCCGCACCAUCAGCCUACCUGUCAGGGGACACACCUUUCCCAGGCAGUCUCGGGGUUAUGACACUUCCCCUCUAACAAGGAGGAAAUCUUACGACCGUUCGUACAGGCCCACUGAUGGCUAUACUCCCCCCUCCUCCCCUCCUCUCAGGACCAGGAACGACCGCAACGUCUUCUCAAGGCUCACCAGCAACCAAACCCAAGGUUCUGCUCUGGACAAGGGUGUGAUCAAUCCCAUCGGGGGUAUGAAGGGGAGUCGGACAGCUCCGCUGCAGUGUGUUUCUGUAGCCGAGGGCCAUUCCAAGCCGGUCCUGUGUGUGGAUGCCACAGAUGAGCUGCUAUUCACUGGAUCUAAAGAUCGCACCUGUAAGAUGUGGAACCUGGUAACAGGUCAAGAGAUUGUCACCCUCAAAGGCCACCCAAACAACGUGGUGUCAGUCAAAUAUUCUCCUUCCUCCUGUCUGGUCUUCUCCGUCUCCACCUCUUAUAUCAAGGUGUGGGACAUCCGCGACUCUGCCAAGUGUGUCCGCACGCUAACUUCAUCGGGGCAGGUGGUUUCGGGUGAUGUAUGUGCGAGCAUCACCACCCGCACAAUAACCUUUGCUCAUGGUGAGUGUCAGAUUAACCAGAUAGCCCUGAACCCGUCAGGAUCUGUGCUCUACGCUGCUGCUGGGAACACUGUUCGCAUGUGGGACCUCAACAGGAUGCAAGGAAUGGGGAAGCUGACAGGCCACAUCGGCUCUGUCAUGUGUCUGACAGUGGGACAGUCUCUGCUGGGCAAAGACCAAGUAAUCACUGGCUCCAAAGACCAUUAUGUCAAGGUGUUUGACGUAGCAGAGGGAACGCUGGGUAACAUAGGUCCCGCUCAUAACUUUGAGCCACCCCAUUAUGACGGCAUCGAGUGUCUGGCUGUACAGGGAGAUGUGCUCUUCAGCGGGUCCAGAGACAACGGCAUCAAAAAAUGGGAUCUAGAGCAACAGGAACUCACUCAGCAAAUCCCCAACGCCCAUAAGGACUGGGUGUGCGCUCUGGCGUAUGUCCCCGGCCGGCCCAUGCUGCUGAGCGCCUGUAGGGGCGGCAUGCUGAAGGUGUGGAAUGUAGAAAACUUCACCCCCAUAGGAGAGGUCAGAGGUCACGACAGCCCCAUUAACGCUAUAUGCACCAACUCAAGACAGAUCUUCACUGCGUCCAGCGACAAGACAGUGAAGAUCUGGUCGUCGAAGGUGUGGAGGAAGAGGUGAUAACAGAGGUGGAUCUUUUGUCGUCCAUUUUGCUGCAACUUCAGCCACUGUUCUGUGAGCUGCUCACUUCCAUCCAUGAGAUGUGAAACUGCAAACACAGUUUCCAAGGCAAUCAAGGUGUUUUUUUUCUUUAUCAGGAGUGAAAAUGGUGGAAUGGUGAGCAGAGGUAGAAUAUGUAUUCAAAGGCUAAAAACGAUUUGCCUUUCAGAUUUUUCUCACUGCCAAUUUUAAAGAGCCUUUCA